AUGGUUAAGCAUAAAGAUUAUAAAAAAAGCGACUUAAUACAAAUAUUAUCCUCUAGCGUUAGUAAAGAACGAAACAAAGCCGUGAAGUUAUUAAAAAGGUUCGAGCCAUUACCCCGAAAACAUUUAGAUGCCAAAUUUGACGCAAAAGAUGUGGUAGUCCAAAAAUAUAGUGCUAUAAAAGCUUACAUGUGCUGGCGAUGUGAUAAAGUAAAGCAGACCAAUGUUAAAGUCCACUGGGACACUAUAGAAGGAUUGAAAACGAUAUGUACUUCUUGUCAUAGCAAUUUACUUUCGAUAAAAGAGGUUGAAAGAGUGCGAAAAGACAACAAUACAAAUACUGAGCUUUUAAAAAAUAUAAAUAAAAUGUAG